AUGUCUGCUAAUCCCGUUACUGAUGAUGCCAAAGAUGAACUUCUGUCACCAUUUCGCCGUCUAUAUGCAUUGACAAGGACACCUUAUCCUGCACUUGCCAACGCAGCACUAUUAGCAUCGACUCCAGUCUUAUCCCCAAGUUUCAAAGUGCCUCCAACACAAUCCCCUGCUCUUUCGAUACCAAUGUCAAGGGUAUUUUCUAGAUCUUCUACUCCCAGAGUUGGUAUAACCACUAAGACUGCCCUUUUUUUUUCUACGAUGCAAGCCAUAGGGGCAUACAUGAUCUAUGACAACGAUUUAGAGAAUGGGGCUGGGUUCAUUGCUACUUGGUCUGCCCUGUAUUUGAUUGUUGGAGGUAAGAAGUCCUUUAGUGCAUUAAGAUACGGAAGAACUUGGCCGUUGGUACUAUCGUCGGUUUCAUUGGCCAAUGCUGUCCUUUACGGCCAAAGGUUCCUUGCUACUGGGUUCCAAUGA